UGUCAAUGUCAAAUUGCGAAAGGAAGUUUUGUUAUUGUGGGAUAUUCUGUAUUAUUAAUUAAAAAGUAUUUUUGCGGAUUAAAAGAUUAUAAUAAAAUGCCGUUGCCCCCUGCUUUAGCAGCCCGUCUUGCUAAAAGAGGCAUUUUAAAAACUCCCAUUGCAGAUGUAGUCAAUAACUCGGGUACAGCUCAAGUAAAUGAAGAAAUUAUAGCUGAAGACUAUGAUAGCAAACCUGACGAACACAAUGCUAAAGAACAUUACUGGGAAGGUAUCGAAGGCGUGAAUGUAGAUCCCAUUAAAGGUCACCGCGGUUGUCCAAACAAAAGUAACAUUUAUCACGAAUGUUCCAAAUUUUGUGUGAAAACUUGGAAACAAGGUAAAAAGGUACCAAAUGAGAAAUAUUUGGAAAAUAAAAAGAAAGCUUUAGAACUGUGGCCUUUGCCUCCUGGAUGGGAAGAAGUUUAUGAUGAGGGUAGUGGCCAACAUUACUUUUGGAAUGUUCACAAUAAUCUUGUGAGUUGGUUGCCUCCCGCUCACCCACAAGCAGUUCCUAGUGAGAGUGCUGCUCAUCUAAGAGAAGAGAGGGUCUUGAAGGAAGGUGACGAGAGUGAUGACAGUAGUGAAGCAUCUGAUCAAGAGGUACCACAGCAACAGGUCAAAGAAAAGAAGCAUGAACGACGAGAAAAGAGUAGAGAUAUAGUUCAUCACAGAGAUAAGAAGAGGCAACGGGUUAGAGAUAAUGAUUUAGAUCCAAUGGAUCCUGCUUCUUACUCUGAUAUACCCAGGGGCAAUUGGAACUCAGGGUUGGACUCUCAUGCUAAAACGGGUGUGGAUACUACAGCAUCAGGGUCACUGUAUCAAAUGAGACCUUACCCUGCACCUGGGGCAAUAUUGGCAGCAAAUGCUAAAAAGCACUCACCUCCACCAUCUCCUUAGUCUAUAAGUAUUUUCAUCAGUAAAUAUUCGUAUUCUACUUCCUUGUUUUAUAGUUUAAAUAAACCUGUUACCUGUAUUACCUACUCAUUCAUAAAAUCGUAAUAAAAAUACAUUUGACACUGUUGAGGAAGAUAGUAUUUUUGAGUGUCAGCAUUUUCAACAUUUUGGCUAUUCUUUCAUGAACAAAUGGAAUUUUACAGGUAAUAUUCAAUCCAAAUUGUAUAUGUAACAGUGUCUCAAUUGAUAGAGCAACACAUCCUCAUUACAAAUUCUAUUAUAAUGAUAUCUAACAGAUUGUAAGUGUUCCUUGUGUAGUGAAACAUUUAAGUCUUGUCUCGGUAUCUGGCCGCAUCUAUUUAACAAGAAAUCAAGAUGGAUUCAGAUGAAAGAAAUAAUAAAGAACAAAUAAAUGUG